GCCUAGCUAGAGGGGAAAAAAAAUCCAAGGGAAAAAAAAACGAAAAACAGAAGGGUCACAGUGUGAAGAGUUCGAGAUCACAGUGCGGGUGUAAACAAAGUGCUCGAGGUUGCGCACGUGUUGAAAAGCAUCAGAUUUCUCCAACUUAUGGACAGUUUGUGUUUUGCUCAGAAAUGGAAUAUGGGGAAUGGAGGUUGAGGAAGAGCUUUCACUUUGCUCGCUGCAGAAUUAGAGGUCCAGUGCACAAGACAUUGACUGUGUGAGUAUAUUGAGAACACGGUGCACGACUUUGAGACAGUAGGAGGAACGUUAAUCAUGCUGAAGUGUGGACCGGUUGUUGCAAAAGACAGUGUGCCAAAGUGUGGAUUGAGUGAAGAAAGUAUUGGAUUCACACUUGUAAACAAAACUGUGUGAACAAUUGUUAGAGACUUGUGCUCAAGUCUUCUUGUCGCAGAACAAUGGCCGAGGCAGGAGUGCGGAAGUCCGGUCGUAUCAAGGUGAGGAAAACUUCCUACCUGGAGGAUGACUUUGAGUAUGAUUUUUGUGACAUUGACCUUGGCAUUACCACUAUUGGGAACUCAAAUCAUCCUCAAUCCAAAAGCUCGGGGCGGGCAAAGGCAAAGUCAAAGCUAAAGACUACUACGCCAGUUGUGAUAAAAAAAUCAAAGAAAAAAGAUAAUGUCGUUAGUGAUAAGGUGGAUAAUAGAAAGAGUGUUAAAAAAGCUAAGAGAGUGUCGACAGAUAUAAGAGAAGUAACUUCUGCAAAGCAAACGGAAAAUGAAAAUGCCACUGACGAUUUGGUGGACUCUGCACUUUUGCUGGACACCAACAAUUUGUCAUGUCCACUGUGUGGUCAGCAGGUUUCUGGUGAGGCUGGCCUGGAGGCUCAUAUCGAGGAGCAUCGCAGCAAAGACACAGGGCUUGGUGGCUGCUAUGUGUGUGACAUUUGUCACAAGGUGAGCGUGGAUACAGCGUCGUACAACCGACACAUGCGGACGCACACGGGCGAGAGGCCCUUCAAAUGUGACCUCUGCGACAAAACGUUCACCGAGAGUUGCAGUCUGAAGCGACAUCAGAAAAGCCACCAGGAGGAGCGGCCGUACGUGUGUGACAUUUGCUUCAAGUCUUUCAGGGAUUCCACGAGUUAUGGUCGCCACCAGAAGACCCACUUGGAGCAGCCGCGGAUGUACCAGUGUUUGAAGUGUGAGAAAAGCUUCACGGAAAAGCAUGGGCUGAAGAGACAUGAAAGAACUCACACAGGGUUACGACCCUUUGAAUGCAGCGUCUGUGAGAAAACCUUCAGUGAGAUUGGGAGUUUUCGGCGCCAUCAGAAAAUACACUCGGGUGUGCGAAACUUUCACUGCUGGCGCUGCAAGCGAAGCUUCCUGGAGAAGCAGAGUCUGAUGAGACACAUGAAGAACGUGUGCGGGUUCGGCGGAUAUGUGGACAGCGGUGAUAGAUCCUUUUCCGAUCCUACUCAGGACAGUCUUAAGUCUGACCUAGAUCUGAGGGAAUUAUCUCAAGUGAGUGUGGACAGUUUGAACGCCCAGCUGCAGGCAGCGAUGAAGUAUGAGAUGGAUUUAGGUAAAAGUAAUGGUUCUGACAAGACUGAUGAAACUACUGUUAAGUCAGAGCCUGCUGUGGUUAAUUCAUCGUCUACCCUUGUGUCGAAAAAGGCUGAUAAACUUACUUCUGGCCAGUUAGAUAAAGCAGGGAAACCUUCGCCAUCGCUAGGAAGCUUGAUGAAGAAAGACCCAAACUUGUAUGAUAGCAUUUCUGAGAUAGUGGAAAGCAUUGACUCCUACGAGAAAAUGCUGAACCUUUGCGGAGACAGUGGACAGAAAGAACUGGAUGCUGCGUUGACACGUGAGCCAGCGCUUGUGCCUGACAAUCUGUUGUGCUUCGAGUGUGGGGAACUUUUAGUUGAUGGGGAGAACUUUAAAAAGGAAGGGAAAAAUUUCUCCUCCUCCACCAAUUCGUUUAAAUGCAUGAGUUGUGAGGAGGAGGAGGAGUUUGGAGAGCCACCCGUGUUGACAGCGGAAAUAUCUGGGGUAGACAACUCUCCCCGGAGUGAACGGGGAGAGAUGGACAAAUGCCGUGACGAGGAGGAGAGUGAGAAAUUACUGACGAGCAUAACACCAGGUUUGCAAAGUGCUGGCAGUAGUGGCAUGAACAUGUUUGGAAGCGCAGAGUCUUUGCAGCAUCUGAGAGAGAGACUGCGGAGUCAACACGGCGUGUACUUUGUUGGUGAUGUGUACAACACGGCAGGCUACAAAGACGAUGACUCUUGUACGUCGGACGCCACAGGCGCUACGUGUACCACUGGCUCUCGCUCAAACUCCACGGACAGUGACAUGUGUAAGAAAGAUGCAUCUUUUCUCAACGCCCCAUUGCCUCAAAAAGUUGAAUCUUUUCACAAGAACUUUGCCUUCAGUGGAGGUGAUUCUGGUAACUAUGAGCAGAGUGGUGACAGUGCUGGUAGUCAGAACUAUCACCAUGAUCUGCAAAAAAAAAAUGGAAAUACACUGAUGUCUGGUUCUUCUGAGAUGAACAAUACUGCCGUCGACACAUCGUUGGCGUCUGUGAACAGCAUCUACACCAGCCAAGUCCACCAGCAGAACAUCUGGAGCAGCGUGCCGCGCUUGGAGUAUGAGGCGGAUGACCCGAGCAUUCCCUCCGUGUUCCCAUGUCACCUGUGCACGAAAGUCUUCGCCACGUCUGCCUUCCUCUCUCAGCACCUGGAUCUGCACAAGAAAUCUCCCCACAAGUGUAUGGUCUGUGGCAAGUCUUUCACUAACGCCCCCAGCCUCAAACGCCACAUGCUCACCCACACAGGGGAGAAACCUUACGCCUGCCCCAAGUGCAACAAACACUUCAGGGACCCCUCCAACCUCUGCAAGCAUAAGAAGAAUUGUUUCGCUGAACUGCAGGACAUUCCCAAAACUCCGAGUCUGACUUCCUUAGAGUCACUGGCAUCCCUCACCGUGGCCUCUCCCCUGCCUUACUUUGACAUGGCUCCUGCAGUAAAUAAUGGUGCGAAGGAUGAUGUUCUGUCACUGGCAGAUCUGACAAAAGAGGUGUCUGCUGAUAAAACUAAUGCCCUUAGCGAUAAUGUACCCAUCACCUUCAGCUACGAUGAUAAUAAUAAUAAUGAUAAUGAUGAGGAGGAGGAGGAUGACCAACUGACAGUUAGCUUCUCCGCUAAUCUGGACUCUACUUUCUGUAAUGAUGUAAACAGCAGCACUGAUAACUACAUCUCGGUGACAGGCGGUAAUGUUGUGCCGAGAGGAUCAGGGGACUUGCCAGGUACUGAAUCUCAACCUGAACCAGCGGAUACCGACACGUUAGUCUUAGUGGAAUGUGAGGUAUGUGAGAAAGCAUUUAAGGAUGUCCAGAGCCUUGAGAUGCAUAUGAACUACCACAACGGGGACCCGGACGUGACGUGUAUCGAGUGUGGAAAAAGUUUUGCGGACCCCCACGGCCUGAAGAGACACCUCCGCAUCCAUGCGGGGGUCCGACCCCAUGUGUGUGAAUAUUGCAACCGAGGGUACUGUGACGCGUGGAGCUUGAAGAAACACAAAAGUCGAGGGUGCCUCCUGGCAGAAAUUCAAGUCCCGGCCGAUUUUCUCUACCCGUGCCAGCAGUGCACAAGAGUGUUCGGCGAUCAGGACUGCCUGCAGGAACACAUGAAAACCCACAAGGGUCUUCUCAAAUAUCAGUGCGACAUCUGCAACAAGAAGUUUUCCGAGGUAUUCAACCUGAAGCGACAUCGGCGCCUGCACAUGGCCGUGUGCCCGGGGUGUGAUCGGGAGUUUCACGAUGUCCAGUCCCUGCAUCAGCACCAGGCCAGCGAGUGUCCGGCCAACAACGGAGGUGUGCAGCUCUCGUCUAAGCAGGACGGCUUCCCCUGUCCCGAGUGUGGGAGGGUCUACUCGACCAAAGCCUACCUAGAGCGACACAAAAAGUUCCACUCUGAAUUGAAGCCUCAUGUCUGUGAAAUCUGCAAUAAGAAGUUUUCAGAAGCCUUUAGGCUUCGUAGGCACAUGAAAGUUCAUAAAAAUGAUGCUCCUAUAAAUACUUGUGAUGCUGAUCUGGAGGUUUUGAACCCCCAGAAGUUGUCAAAUAAUCACAGUGAACUUAUUGAAGGUGGACAUUUUCCUGUGAAUAUGCAAAAAGAUACUCGGGCAGAAAUUAUAUCUGACUUCAACAGCAAAACACAGCAGCAAGACGGGCUGCAGCCUUCAGAGUUUCCGUGCAAUUUGUGCAACAAAGUCUUCCAGAAAAAGUACCUUUUGGUGCGACACAUGAACGUGCACAGCCAGGAGCGCCCGUUCUCUUGCGAUGUCUGUGGGCGAGCAUACAAGGACACGUCGAGUCUGCGCAGACACCUGCUGGUGCACCAGGGCAUCAAGGACCACAUCUGCCCCGUGUGUGGCAAAGACUUCUUCUACUCCGACAGCCUGAAACGUCACAUGAACGGCAAAUGUGGGAAAAGCUCAAAGAAAAGAAAGUCCAGGAAAAAUUCUGGAAAAGGCAAAAAAAAUUUCACCAACAACAAGGUUCGUAAAACGAAUAAUAAUAAUACGGAAGAUGUUCUGAACAACAACUCUGUUCUCGCGGUAUCGGCAAGCCCAGCUCAAAACGCUUGGAAGAGGAUCACUGUAGCAUACGCUCCCAGAGUAGUAAAAGCGUUGCUGGUUCCCCUCGUCAACAAUACUUACGCUGUUCGCCACCCUCUGCGCUCAGUCUCUGUGGGACGCUGGUCCUGCCACAAGAGACAUCACUGCUGGCUGUGUGACCUGAAGCUGGGAUCCAGACGAGAACUCUUGCUGCAUGCCAGAAGUCACCGCCAUCUGAAAAAGUUCCGUUGUCCUCGGUGCUUUGUGAGGUUUAGGCGGAAGGCGUACUGGAAGUCACACAUGGCGCAACAUGAUGGUUGUUUUCAAGCAGUCGUAGCCCCUCGGUGCCUGUCUCCUGACCCGGUGGCUCCCCCUGUGGCCGAGGAAGUCAACAAGAGACCAAGGAGGUCCAUCCCCAGAGCUCAGUGGUCCUGGAUUUCUCAAAUAUAAGACAAAUAAUUUUUAUUGAGAAAAAUGUUUUAUCGUAAAUCGGAGUGACUUAGAUUGGUCAUUGGAAUAAGACUAUGAAAAUUACUUUGUGGGAGUUUCGUGGAUCUGAGGAUGUAUUAAAUACUGUGUGAUAUUGUUAUUUAUUAUGAUAUUGUAUUUUUACAAUAACUGUUCUGCCAACUUGUUAUUGUUAUAUUAUCAUUACUGCUGAAGAUAUGAUAUUAUUAUUAAUUUAUUUGGGUUCAAAUAUGUUUGAAGAAGACUAUAGUGUGUAAGUGUGUGUUUGUAUGAUAUAAUAUGUUACGACAAGGGGGAAUCAGGCGCUCAUCAAUUCUUGGGCAUAUUGAGUUAUUGGUAUUAUAAUUUAAAAGCCUGUUCAUUUGUCUUCCUUUUGAUGAAAAAAAAGAUGUUGUCUAUCUCGAAUUUAAUAGAGUUGAGAUAUUUCUAAUUGAAGGAGAUGGGGAUGGUUUGGUGUCAGAAGUAAAAUCAGUGAGAAAAUGGCUGUCGAAGUUUGGU